AUGCAUCUUUCCACGAUGUGGUUCCGUCUGACCUGGAUUCUUUCUUCUUUUAUCUUGUGGAUCUGCUCUGUUCCAACUUUUGCCCUUCCAUCUACUCCAUAUCCAUCGUCCUACCACUUGGAAUCAAACGUUCGUACACUAUCACAGUCAUCCGACUCGUUAUACAACCACACCCUUCUUCAGAAGCGCUCUGACGACCCGUCAUACUCGGAAGCAAAUUAUAUUUGGGAGGAUGGCAGCAAUAGGAUUUUUCACGUUGCAAAUUCAGCGGACCAGUUCCAGGAUGCCGACAAGGCGUACGCCCAAUUGAAGCUUGGAAAUGAGCUGGGCUCGGGGGGUUAUGGAACUGUCUAUGAAGGCUCGCUUAAAUCUCGCAACGGCGACUCGGACCAGGAAGGCGCCGCGAAACAGUCAGCGGCCAAUGGACAAGUCGCAGUGAAUGGGGCAAUCCUGCAAAAGUCAAUCGAUAGUGAUAACGUCGCAGAGGUUUACGGAAUCUUCUGGCAGCCAUCUGAUAAAAAGUCCAUAAUUCUGAUGGAACAGCUCCAGUCAGACGUUGAUUCGACGCUCCAAGAGAUAGCCAAGGAUAUCACAAAGCGUCAAGGUGCUGAUUAUAAGGCUUAUACGUCGAAGAUGAUGGAAGGGGCUUUUCUUGGAUUACGGGACACUCAUGCCGCAGGCAUAGCUCAUCGUGACAUUAAGCCUGAAAAUAUCAUGUUCAGCGAUUGCAAUGGUGAAUAUAAGCUCAUUGAUUAUGACCAUGCAAUCAGGAACGAUGUGCUUCAAGCAGGCAAUCAAGGCACGGCAUUCGGAUCACCUUUAUACGAAGCGCCAGAGGUUGACACCGACGCAUAUAAUGGAUAUCAAGCAGAUGUAUAUUCCCUCGCUUGGAUGCAUUUUGAUAUUAUGAACCCUACCCUACGCUAUACACAACCAGACAGGCGGCAGGAUUUGAUGGCUUACACCCGUGGUGACCAAGCUAGCUCGAAACAGGACUUGAAAGGGAAAUUGAUUAAGGAGCUUAGAGCAUGUGGAGUUGAUUCGUCUGUUAAGUAUCCUACUGCAUUCAAAAUGACCGGUUUGAUUGCGCAGGCGCUCCAACCUGUCGAAAGGCGCAUAUCUAUGUUUGAAUAUUACAAGCAAUGGUGCAAGUUAACAGGAACAGCCGAAGGCAGUGCGGAUGAAUGGUCCAACGAUACCGAUGGAGCCAAAUGGGAUGACAGGGUUCAAUAA